GAUCCUGACACCUCGCCCUCGAGAGCUCAAGGCCUCCCUGACCAAGGUUGUAAAGUAGCAAGUAUCGGCGUUACGUUACGACGCAGGUGGAGUCUACUAGUACUACUGUAGUAGGUAUCAGUCAGAUCUCCGGCGUGACUAAACUGACGAUGGCAUUCUGCCGGACCGCUGGUGCACGGAUAUCGGAUAAGGAAGAGAAAGGGAAGAAAAAAUACUGGCACAGCAUGUUGAGGAAGCCAGAUGAAUGGUUGACGUUCUAUGUUGCAGCCCGUCUCUUGCCUCAUUUUGAUAUUUCAACAGCGAGGUCUCAUACAGCCCUAUCAUGGGCGGUGCUGCUUCGUCUGGAAGCGCGACAGAUUGUUAGACCUGUUUAGAUAUCGAGCAUGAUGGACGUAAAUCUUAUAAGAAUUCUCAUUGUAGCUGGCAUCUCGUUACUGCUGGCGAAAGUGCUCCAUGUCGUCGCGAAAUGGUGGCUCCAUCGCCGUUAUUUGAGACAACGAUUGCCCGAACCAUGCAAGGCGCACUGGCUUCGGGGACACUUGGCUGCGGACGACCGUCGUGCAAAGGAGACAUACAUCGGAUAUGCUCGUAAACUCCCACGAAUGUUCCGACGGCAGAUGGGGCCGUUUAGCACAUCGGUCUCUGUAGCUCAUCCGGAGACCAUUGCGGAUGCCAUGAGAACAAAUCCAGGGAAGAGUGAACUUGUUGGCAAGCUGUUCCGGGCCUGGUUGGGAAACGGGCUCUUGUUCACCAAGGGAGAACGCUGGGCCCGUGAUCACAAGCUGCUAACUAAUGUAUUUUCACUUGACAUGCGCCGUGAGUACGUCAGCUUCUACAAGGAAGCAACGAGUAUCAUGCUUGAUCUCUGGGAAGGACAGCUUGAAAAGAGUGUGGAUGUAUCAGAUUAUUUACCCAACCUUACGUUUGAUAUCAUCCUGCGCUGUGCCAUGGGUGCGGAGACAAACUGUCAAACGGAAAGAAAUUCUCCAGCUGUGCGAUAUGAAGCUGCUUUGAAAGACAUAGUGCUAAUAGUCUUCCAGCGUCUCUACAAGCCUUGGCUUCGCUCUGAUUUCAUUUUCUAUCAUUCUCCUAUUGGCCAUCGCUUCCAAAAACUUCUUGCAGAAACACACGAGUUCAGUGAGCAAUUGAUCAGCGAACGACGUACACUCCUGCAGAAGUGUUCAGACAAGAAUGAUGAAGAAAACCGACGCCGUGAUAUGCUGGAUGUUCUACUAACAGCCAGAGAUGACGAGGGUGUGGGCUACAGCGACACUGAGGUGCGCGAGCAUGUCGAAUCAUUCCUCUUUGCUGGCCACGACACGACAUCAUCGGCCUUUCAGUGGGCAAUCCACUAUCUGAGCCUGAACACUGAUGUUCAAGAGCGCUGCCGUCAGGAGGUGCUGGCUGUGUUGGAAAAGUGCGGUGGUCUGGACAACUUUGCCCAUGAGAACCUGGCUGAGCUGGAGUAUCUCACACAAACCAUUCAGGAGGUACUACGCUUGACAAAUGUUGUCCCAUACUCUAUCAAGACGGGCACGAAGCCCACCCAAGUGGAUGGCAUACCGUUCCCUGCCGACACUGAUUUCCAUAUUGACUUCAUCGGUGUUCACCACAGCAAGGAAGUCUGGUCUGACCCUGACACAUUCAACCCUGACAGGUUUUCGCCGGACAAGGUGAGCCGCUCAUCGUACGCGUUCAUUCCAUUCAGCUGCGGCCCUCGCGCCUGCCUUGGCAAGCACUUUGCCAUGGACGAGAUGAAAGUGGUACUGAGCAUGAUUCUGUCCAAGUUCCGCUUUGUACCCGAUCCACACGGCGAGAACCCCACGUGGCUAAUGGGCCUCAUAGCCAAGCCCGAUCCCGGUGUACGGGUGUGUUUGGAGCUGGCGUAGGCAGACAGUUGUAUAUAAUUAUAAAUGCGUGUGUGUGUGCAUGUGUAUGUGUGUGUGUGUGUGUUCAUGUGUGUGAUGUUCAUGUGUGUGUGUGUUCAUGUGUGUGUGUGUGUGUUCAUGUGUGUGUGCGUCUGUGUGUGUGUGUGUGUGUGUGUGUUCAUGUGUGCAUAUGUAUGCAUGUUUUGCAACGUUACCUUUGUGGUUCUCAUCAGAUGAGCUGACUCGCACACGUAUACUCAUAUUCUGUUACACUGACAUAUUGUUCCUCUCGACCCUACCGCAACUGCUACACAUUUUGUCAGUGAGAAAUAGACAUGAGUACGUUGUAGUGGUGCUUGGUCAAUGGUCAUAGUGAGUUUCCCAGAUCAUUGAAUGGUGCCUCGGCGACCCAGCUCCUUGAGUCCUUGAGCAGAUGUAUGACAGUAACGUUAUGAGUCUUAUGACCUUCCGAGGCAUUUCCACUCACUGGCCCUUCUUUAUGACUGUGCGUGUGUGUUCGUGUGUGUUUGUGUGUGUGUGUGUGCGCGUGUGUGUGGGUGGAUGUGCGUGUGUGUGUGUGUCAUGCAUUUCAACUUAAUUUAUUAAUGCCACUUCGGGAGGGCAUUUUGAUCCUGUUGGAUUCGACUCUCUAGCCAUGCUUUUUUCCCGUUUGGAUUUGCAUUUUGUUAAAUUAUUGUGUGAUUAACAUUACUCAUACAGUUGUUUAUCUUUGCAUGCCCAUACGAAUACUUCUCAUGUAAUUACUCCAGGGUCUACUGUGUCCAAUCUCCCACUGACGAGUUUGAGCUCAGCUGCCUCCUGGUCUCAGGCCGGGGAGUUGCCCAGUGACUUGUUCUGUACGCAUCCCCUGCAGCGAUCCCAGAACUCCCCGGCUGAGCAGGGAACUGAGUCUGACCUGGAGUAGUUAUUGUACAGACAUGGUGCAUCUAGAUUUUAUUUUUUCCAAAAACAUUUUAAUUUUAAAAUCAUGAGUUGAAAAAUGUCUGGCUUUUCACGGU